UAAGUUGAAGUAUGAAUGUAUAUGUUGAUUUUUAUUUGGAAUCAAAAAGUAUUUAACAAAAUUUAUUUUUAAUAAUAAAAACUAGGACCGGAUCUAUAUCGAUAUUGGUUUUUAUUCUACGAUAUCGAUAAAUAUUUAUUGUUAUCGCGACUCAUCAGGUAUUUGUUGACUGUGUAGAAGAUGUUUCUUAAACCAUAUAAAUUACGGAGUAAUGCUCCAUUAAAAGGUUCUGAAUCAAAACGUUUGCGUCAACGAGUGGAAAAGGCAUUUCCGGAUUCAACGACCGAACAACUCAGUUUAGUGAUACCAGCAAAGAGCGCCGUAACGCAGCUGAAAUUGACAACGCAUGGCGGCACGCAAACGAACGUUUUCUGUGUGGAUAAGUUGCCCAUGUUCUUCGAACUUGAGUCAGGCGAAUUGGCACCGACCUUGUACGCUUUAUGGCUCGUGCCGUCCUUGCUUCCUUACUUUACAACACACCGUGAAGUUCUGCCGAAACUUUCAAAUGGCGCAGAACUAAUGUUGCCUGGUGUAGUGCCCAAAGGUACUGGUAUGAAUAUGUAUGGGCGAUAUCGACAGGGACAAUUAAUGGCAGUCAAUUUGGUUUCCAAUGAGUCUGCUGUAGCAGUAGGUUAUUUACCAAGAUCUUCAGAUGAUUUGUAUAUGUGCGGUCGUCAAGGUGUAGCAGUGAAGAUGCUGCAUAUAUUUGGUGAUAAAUUGUUCGGACAUGAACCCACAUUAAUACAACAAGUACCAUUAAAAAAGGCGGCGCCACUAACAAAAGACGAUUUUCCAGAACUAGGUGCUAAGCAGGACAAAAAGAAAAAGGAAGGAAAUGAUAAGUUGUCGUUGGCGGAUAUUGUAGCGGCCGCUCAAAUGCCUGACACACCUAAUCGAGAUGCAACACUUCCCGAAGUAGAAAAAUUGGAAAUUUCCAGUAGUGUAAUAGACACGGAGACCAAUCAGAAUAUAUCCACAGAAAAAAAUGGAAUCGAUGGAGUUGUGGAUUCUGAAGCAGAAACAACGCCAGAAAUUUUGCUGAAAAAUGCUUUCUUGGCCGCACUGAAAAAUAAUGGCAAAAAUCUUCAAUUGCCACUCUUGACCAGUAAUUUCUACCGUUUAUAUGUUGUGCCGGAGGCUUCUCAACCUAUUGACUUGAAGAAAACCAAAUACAAAAAACUUUCGAAUUUUCUUAACGAAAUGAUCGAUCAAGGUUUUAUUGUUGUACGCGAAGAAUCUAAAGGUGUGGAUAAAAUUACAUCCAUAGACCUUGAACAUCCGGAAGUGGUUAAUUUUAUAACCGAUUUCAAACCUCCGAAACAAGCAGCAGAUGGUGAACUACAAGAUCAGCCACUAUUUCAUUCAGAAUUGACAGAAACGUGUACUGUUUCGGAUGAAACAGCGCCUUUCUUUGCUAAAAUGAAUUUUAAGCGCGGGGAAGGUAUACCACCCGCACAAAUCAAAAAGGUUAUACGUGAAUAUAUAAGCAAACAUAAUCUGCCAAAAGCUGAUGCAACAGGCGAUACUAUACAGUUAGACGCAACGCUUGAAAAAAUAUGUAACAGCAAAUCUGCAACGGUCAUUCAAAUUUGCAGUGCCAUCACUAGCAAAAUGGAUUACGGCUACCAAAUGUGUGAGCUCAAGAAUGUAGCAUCCAAAAAGCCCCUCAUAACAAUGUCACUUGCAACUCGUUCUAAAAAUAAGAAGGUUACGCUGAUCAGCAACGUCGAGUGCUACGGCAUUAUCGUGCCAGAGUUUAUUAAACUGUGUAAGCAAGGCGCGGCGGCCAGUACUACAGUUGUCAAAUUCCCACAUCAAAAGUGCGAACAACUGCAGAUUCAAGGUAAUCAGGUGCGCUUUGUUUACAACUUGUUGACCGAAACAUACAAAGUCUCACCAAAAUGUAUAUUAGGAUUAGAACUGGCUAAAUAUGAUAAGAAACACAAGAAAAAAUAAAUCAAAAGCACAAAUUUGAUUAAACGCUUAACUAUAAAUAACGUUGUUCAACCAGUUGAAUUGUAACUAAAUAAACAAAAAUCUAAACCGAA